GUGUAAUCCUGGGGGGAUCACUAAAUCCAUCUUGUAGAGCCCUCUUCCCCUACCAGUGCGUGUAGUAUAUGGGGAAGAGUCUUCAACAGCGAUUGGCAUGUGGCAUUCGCGUAAUGUCUUUAACAGCACGCGAACCAUCCUAUUGUGCAGGAAGGUUGAGGCGCCGGUCUUCGCGCAGACCAGGGAAUGGGGUCGGCUCAACCGUUCCAUACACGGUGACAAUGCACCUGCGCUGCAAAGUCUGCCUGUAUCUUCGUGUGUGUGUGUAG